CUGCUCCUGCUCCUCCUCAGACGAGUUGGACAGCAUGUCGAGUGCGGAGCGGAUCUCCUUCCUGCAGGAGAAGCUGCAGGAGAUCAGGAAGUACUACAUGACGCUGAAGUCGGAGGUGGCGUCCAUCGACAGACGGAGGAAGAGGCUGAAGAAGAAGGAGAGAGAAGUGUCUAACACGACGGCGUCCACGUCCUCGGGCUCCUCGGACACCGGCAUGAGUCCGUCCUCGGCCUCGCCGACGCAGAACACCGUCGCCGUGGAGUGCAGGUGAUGACACGCCCAGUGAAGCCACGCCCACACCUUCAGCCACAGGCCACGCCCACUCAGAUGCUCUGAGGGCAUGAUGGGGAAAAAAACUCCCUUCAGGUCAGGGGGGGAGGGGCAAGGGGGACGACCACCUGACCUUAGCCCCGCCCCCUCACCUGUGGACUGACUUCCUGUUUGAAGACAGAAAAAUCAGCCGUCUGUUCAGCCGCCACGCUAAACUUCCCUCCCUCCCUUCCUUUCUCUCUCCCUUCCUUCCUUCCUUCCCUCCUUCCCUCCCUCCUUCCUUCCUUCCUUCCUUCCUUCCUUCCUUCCUUCCUUCCUCCUGUCCUCCACUGCGUCCUCAGAGCUUCUCCUAAUUUCAAAAUGGAGCGACCGGUUUAAUAUCUUUCAGUUCAAACAGGAAGUAGAUUCCUGAAGCUCAUUAUGCAACUUUUGUUUUCGUUCUUUUCCCGUCAACAGUUAAAAAAAAAACAAGAAAAGAUUUAAAAAAAAAAAAAAAAGAAAGAAAAAGUUUCCUGACUUCCUGCUGUGAAGGUUUUUGGUCUUUUUAUACAGAAUCAGAGCUUUUAUUUUGGUAAAAACAAACAAACAAAAAAAGUCCAAAAAGUU